AUGAAUACAGCAGAGAGCGAUGACGCUGUUUUAAGCAGACACCGUGCUGAAAAGAAAGACCUACAGAACAAAAUAACAGGGAUGAAGAAGCAAGCUACUAAAUCGAAACGGAAACAAGUCAAUGCGCGCUGCGAAGAGCUCGAGUAUGAGCUUCUUCAAAAACACGAGCUCGAGCUGCAGAGUCUCAGAGGAGCCGAGAAUGGAUCACCAGAGCUCCUCGAGGAUAAUGCCACCCCAGAAGAGUUACUUGAGCAAUUAAGCUUAAAGACUGCUACCGAAGUUCCUUCAAACACGCCAAAGCGUGAUUCUACAAACCUUGUAACGCAACCCAAAAAGCAUCGCAACCGCCAGAAGGAAAGGAUAGCAAAGCGCGAGGCUGAGAUUGACCGUAUCAGGGAAGCCGCGGCACUUGAAGCUGCUGAGCAGCCUGACUACAAGAAAAUGGAACAGGAUGCGUUGGACGACUUGUGCCGCAUCAAUAACCUCAAACAGCUGGAUAUCCAGCCAAACGGCCACUGUCUGUUUGCAUCAAUUUUGGAUCAAAUGCAAUCCCGCCAUCCGGAGGAUGCUAUCUAUGAUAUACCAUCUGCAUACUCCCAAACUAAGAAUCCUCAAGAUUUCGACGUUUACGUGCUGCGAUCUUUGUCGUCAUCCUUUAUCCGAGCGAAUCGAGACGAUUUUAUACCGUACCUUUUCGACGAAGCGACCCUAACGAUGAAGGAAGUUGACGAAUACACCAAGACAAUGGAAGAGUCUGCGCAAUGGGGCGGUGAAGUCGAGAUUCUGGCCCUUGCCAAAGUUCUUAAAUGUUGUAUAAGUGUGAUGAUGAGUGGGAGAGCUACGCACAAAGUUAAUGAGGACGAUCACACCAACCCUGAGCUAAAACUUGUGUAUUACAAACACAGCUAUGCACUGGGAGAGCAUUAUAAUUCUCUUCGUGAUUUAUAA